UGCCCACCAUGGCAGACAGUUGGUGUGGUCAUCAACUUUCUUGAUCUACCUCAACAGCUGUAAGUCUAAACUUGCAGCCCCCCAGUUGUGCAGCAACUCAUAGUGAGUAGGGAAAAGGGGACUUGAAACUAGGACAGAGCAGUCUGGCCCCUUUCCCUUCGAACCAGAGGCACAGAUUUGCGACAAGGGGAGAGAAGACACUAGUCUUAGACGAGGAGAGAAAAGGAGAGGAGACUUUGUGGGAAGCUUGCUGCAGUCACUGAGGAAAGACGCCCCUGGGACACAGACCAGUGUGUUCACGUUGCAGAACAUCCAAUUUUAUAGAUUUUUUAAAUUUUUUUAUUUUCCAUUAUAUCAGGGGGAGAAUAUUCACUGAACAGAAACCUCAUCACCUGGAAACAUGCACAAGCGCACCAAGAUAAAGAUUGCCAUCUUCGUGCUGAUGGUGGGCAUGGCUUGCAUGUUCACGGCUGUGGUAACGGACUACUGGGCAGUGCUCAGUCCACGGGUGGAGAAACUGAAUGAUACCUGCGAGGCGGCCCACUUCGGCCUAUGGAGGCUGUGCAAGAAGCAAAUCUACAUCAGCUCGGAAACCUACAAGGAGGGGCACGGCUGCGGACCCAUCAGCCUGCCUGGAGAGGAAAACUGCACCUACUUCAGACACUUCACCCCGGGGCAGGAUGCCGGCACAUAG